GUCACGCCAGCAGGACGCUGCGUCCCUUAGAUACCACAGACGUCGUCGGUGCCAUUCCUGGCUGAAAGGGUUGCUUUUUUUUUCUGUUCCGUUUUGUUUUGGAAGGGUUGAAUGGGAGAGCGCCACUGAAACACGCAGGGACGGCGAUUCUGGGAAGAGAUGGUCGAGGUGGCGGUGUGACCGAAUUUUGGGCAAGUUCUCGUAACGGCGAAUUGCCCCGCGCUUAAAAUGUCCCUCUUAAACGCAACAAUGGAGGCCGUAAAAUCUACAACGACAAAUAACGUAACAACGCAAUGUCAAGAAACCGGCAUAAUAAGUCACCUCCUUGUCCAAAUCGUCUUCUACAUCCUCUACUCCGUGAUCUUCCUCCUCGGCCUCUUCGGCAACAUCCUCGUCUGCUACAUCGUCUACUCCAACAAAGCCAUGCAAACCGUGACCAACCUCUUCAUCACAAACCUGGCUCUGUCCGACAUCCUCCUCUGUAUCUUGUGCGUUCCGUUCACUCCGCUCUACACCUUUCUCGGCAAAUGGAUUUUCGGCAGCUUGACCUGCCACCUCGUAGGGUACGCCCAAGCCACCAGCGUCUACAUUUCCACCCUCACACUAACCGCCAUCGCCAUCGAUCGAUUUUUCGUUAUCCUGCACCCUCUUAGACAACGAAUGAAACUGUACACUUGUCUGCUCAUCCUCCUCGGGAUCUGGGUCUUCUCCAUGCUGAUAACCCUCCCGUACGGGAUAUGCAUGCAGGAGGUGCGCUCCGAAGUCGGCUGCAUCGUCUGCGAGGAAAACUGGCCCUACGAAAACCUAGAAAUCGCUUUCGGUAGCUUCACUUUAAUCAUGCAGUUCAUCAUCCCGUUCUGCAUCAUCUGGUACUGCUACUGGCGGAUUUCGCAGCGCCUCAACGAAAGGGCCAAGUCCAAACCUGGAACGAAAAGCGCGAGGAGGGAGGAAGCCGACAAAGAGAAGAAAAAGCGCACGAAUAGGAUGCUGAUCGCCAUGGUGACGAUCUUCGGGAUUUGUUGGUUCCCGCUCAAUCUGAUCAACCUCAUCAACGACUACUGCGUCUUUGAACAAGACUCCUACUUUCACUUGUUCUUCUUCUUAGCCCACUGUCUCGCUAUGUCUUCUACUUGUUACAAUCCUUUCUUGUACGCAUGGCUCAACGAGAAUUUUCGCAAGGAGUUCAAAGUCAUCCUUCCGUGUAUCCUGCGCAAUGCUACCAACCGUUACUGCAACGGCGACGAACGCACUCUAGACACUCUUUUACACUCGACUGUCUAUACCUCGCCUGCCAAGCACCUAGAACCACGCGAACCCAUUGCCGAACCCAUCCCCCAGACUCAAGAGUACAACCUAUAAUCCUGUCCCUUCCGACCGGUAGGAUUAAUUUUGUGCCUCGUAGACUGCCAAACCAAAAUGUAAACUCUUAGUGCCAAGUGCCAUGGAUUUCAACAACAGCACCGCUACCAACGAGGAAUGGAAC